AGAGAGAGUCGUCAGUUACGCACAUGAAGCGCCACAGUCGGACGUCCCUUCCAGCAUUUACGCACAUGAAGCGCCGCAGUCGAAUUUCCCUUCCAGCGUUACCGGAACCUCGUUGAAUCUGGAAUAAAAAAAAACAAGGGCUGAACACGUGGUCUUCCCAUCUGCUAAUGCCUGGCUUACAAUAAUGGCAUCCCAACCUCUAAUGUCAGUGAAGGAGGAGCCAGAAGAAGAGGACUUUGAUGACUUCCUACACUCUUAUAUACGUGCACAUCAAACUGAGGAUGUUCAGCCUAAAUUGGAGCAAAUCUUUAAAACUGAAAUGGACGAGUCCCCUACAGUUCCUGAGCCAGACUUCAUGAGGAUCUUGGGUAUUAAAGAAGAACAAGAGGAAGAGGAGGUUGGACAUUACAGCCAAGAUGCAUCUUCAGUAGAAAAGGAUUCAGUCUAAUGGAAGACAGUCCACAGAGGGGGAAGGAUACAGAGGAAGACAGAAUCACAGAACAGCAAACAAGUGCUCUCACUGUGAAAAGAGUUUUACUGACAUGGGCAAUUUCAAGAAACACCAGAGGAUCCAUACAGGGGGGGAUCCAUUUGAGUGCUCAGAAUGUGGAAAGACCUUUAGUGAAAUUGCCAAGCUCAAGAAACACCAGAGGGUUCAUACAGGGGAAAUGCCAUUUGAGUGUUCUCAAUGUGGAAAGAGCUUCAGUUUAAUGGGCACUCUCAAGAAACACCAGAGGAUCCAUACAGGGGAAAAGCCAUUUGAAUGCUCUCAGUGCGGAAAGAAGUUAAGUCAUAUGAAUGGAGGUUUACUGAGAAAGGGCACUUUAAAAAGACACCAGAUGAUCCAUACAGGGGUAAAGCCAUUUGAGUGUUCACAAUGUGGAAAGAAGUUUAGAGAUAUGGGCAAUCUCAAGGAUCACCAGAGGGUUCAUACAGGGGAAAAGCCAUUUGAAUGCUCCCAGUGCGGAAAGAAGUUUAGUUAUAUGAGUGGUCUGAAGUCACACCAGAGGAUCCAUACAGGGGAAAAGCCAUUUCAGUGCUCUGAAUGAAGAAUGAGCUUUAGUCUAAAUUGCAAUUUAAAAAGACACCAGAAGAUCCAUUCUGCAGGGAAACAAAUAAUUCAAUGUUCUCAGGGCUUU